UGUGUAUCUCACAUAUAAUCGAUUCCUUAAAUAAGGAUUCAGGGGAGGCAAUCGCCCCCUUAGCCUCCCCUAAAAUACGCCCCUGUAAUAAUUCAGGGUCUUGUUAACAAAGAGCAUCAACGGAAUGAACGAUUUUCCAUUUAUUUUAAAUGCAUAUACAAAUAAUAACAACUAUAGCACAUUUUGUCUUAGUGACAUAGGCGGAAAUUAGGGGAGGUUUGAGGAGUCUUAGCCCCCUCAAAAUGUACAAAUAGAAAAAUUAGCCCCCUCAAAUAAUUGAUCACUGCAGGUUACUGCAAUAAAUAAUAAUAAAUAUUAACUUUCAAUUCAAAUAUUGUUGGAACGCGAAUAAAACAUUUAGAGAAUAUUAUAGAAAAAAAAAUAGGAUGUGAUAUAUUUUCUGAUUUCAUUGUCAAAUGCCUAAGUCCAUACAGAGGCACAGCAUAAUAAAUAUUUAAGAAUCAAUGUAUAUUAGUUUAUUAGUACCUAUAUUGCACGCAUAGAAAAAUAAAGUCAGAUAAUUCCAACUUUUCAUCGCGCCAGUGACUAUUUUAAUUUCAGUUUAUAAUAAUUUGUACAUAUUAUUUGCUUUGUCGACUUGUCGUACUUACAAAAUGUCAAAAAUAUCAAAAAAAUGGAACGGAGAUUUAAUUAUAAAAUUUUUCGAGCUCUACGAAAAUCAUCCGUGCUUAUGGGAUGUAUUUUCAAAAACCUAUAAAGAUAGGAUUGCGCGGGAAGAUGCAUAUAGGGAAAUUGGAAAUGCUAUGAACAUAGAUGGAUUUGAAUCGGCGGAAGUGAAAGCAAAAAUAAGAUCUUUGAGGAAUGCUUAUACUCUAGAAUUAGCUAAAAUUCAAAAAAGCAAGAAAUCUGGAGCAGGAGUAGAUGAUACAUAUAAGCCAAAUGUAAAAUGGUUUCCUAUUGCUCAUCGAAUUUUGCACCAAGUAGUACAAACGAGAGAUUCACAAUCAACUGAAAUAAAUGGUCAAAAAAAUGUUUUGAAUGAAACUACGAAAGACUAUGAGGAUACAGACGACACGGAGUUCGGAAAUGAGUCUAAUAAUAUGGAUAAAACGAUCAAUUUUCCUUCUCCAAGUCAUACUCAAAAUACCAAGAGAUUAGCUUCAAAAUUAAACAUUGCACCAAAAAAAUCAAAAACUUUUAAUAAAUCUUAUAUAAACAGCACAGAACGUGCUAUACAACAUCUUCGAGAAAUAUCGAGCAAGUUGGACGAAAAACCGGAGGAAAAUGAAUUUGACUUUUUCGGAAAAACUAUAGCAUGUAUGUUGAAAAAAAUACCAGAAACAUUGGCUGUAGAAUCGAUGGUACAUAUUCAAUCAUACUUGGCUCAACAACGUUUAAAAAGCACAGUUAAUCAAAAUCAUCAAACUUCUGCUAUUAAUGAAAAUAUAAUGUUUUCACCAUCAACAUCAAAUUACAAUAGUUAUUCUAGUCCAUCUGCUACGGCUUCACCAAUCAAUACUUUUGAAUACUCAAGUAAUGAAAAUUCUCAAAAUACUCAAUCGGAUAUUUUAGCGAGUGCAGUUACAAACAUUUUACAGGAAGAUAUGUAUUUGUUAAAUGAGUAA